AUGGCCAAUACAAGCCUUCAAACACUCCCACAUGAACUCCUUGUUUCUAUCUUCAAUCUUAUUGACUCCCAAUCGUUGGUCUGCCUGUGCUUACUUUGCCGCGUUUGCAACGAAGCUGCUACCCCAAUUCUGUAUAAAUAUGUUUCGUGGGACCUCUCAAAGCAAGGGGCUUCAUGGAAUAUAAAAGAUAACUUUUGGGCAGUCUUCAAGAGGUCAUCAUACGAAGGUGCUGCUACAAUCCUGUUCAAGUCUGUUUCCUGGAAUCUCAUUAAACGAGAGGCGUCAUCCAACACGAAAAAUCCGCCCUGGUCGGCAGUUGAAAGGCUCCCUUGGCUUCGUAACCAUAUCCAAUCACUCGCAAUAUGCCUAGAUACUGACUCACCAACCAACAACAUCAGCGACUUGGAAGUUGCACGUGACUGGACGAAACGCCAUAGCAGAGUGUUGUCUGGACUUGCUCAGCAGAUAGAUAGACUACCAUCUCUUCGGCGGCUAGAGCUCCUCAAGCGUCAUUGGGGUGACACAGAAGUCUUCAAGAUCCAAGUUGGCUGGUUCAGCCAGCUGGUACGGGACCUCGGUGCACGGAUUCGAGAAAUAAGCUUACCAGAGAUAUCUUAUUACAUCAAAGACUCUUUUCAAUUCCCAUCCUAUCUUCGUUCCUUGACGAUUAGCGGAUCUGCCUACCUUCGUGAAUAUCGUGGAUUGAACAGCCUAUUUGCCUCUCUUCGUUCCCUAAGACUCGGAGAAUGUGAAGUCACCGCACUUUUGGACGCAAUUUCCUUGUCACGACAGCUAGAGAGCCUGGAGGUAACAAUCUCUGGAUGUGAACGUUUCUCUCAUUGGGCGAAGCAAAAGGGACUGAACCUUCCAGUGCUGAGGUAUAUCCGAGUUUGCAUUAUAGGGGGAGAUUCCGACUCAUACAUCGUUCAACUCGUAUACGAAUUCUUAAAAUGCAUCACAUCAACCUCUAGGAGACUGUUGUCGGUGUCUAUUGACGCAGACGUGCAUCACGACAGUUGGACCCCUUCAGGAAUACUUGCCAUCUGGAUUGCGCUUCGUCAUGGCCACUCGAUAAAAACACUAUAUCUCGGACGUAUUCCACUCCGAGAAUAUCGUAUCCAUGAAGUGCUAUCCCGCUGCCCCCGACUCGAACAUAUUGGAUUCACUCAGCCAUGGAGAGAUGACCAUGCCAUUCCGUAUGCCUCUUUGCGGUCUGCUUUGCGGCUCAGGGGCAUUUGCCUGACUGUCGUAAAGCCAUAUUCCGUCCAGCAAGUUCAUGCUGCGAAUCGGGAUGCUUCUGCACCCGAAUAUAAACUGUGGACGCAACAGCUCACCCAGCAAGUCUAUCAACUCCUUCAAAAAACCACUGUACCAGAUACUGCGACACUAAAAGAGGCCACAGCGCAGCUUCAACAAGUUUUAGUCAAUCCGGAAUGCAUCCCAGUUCUUUUUGAACUCUCUGUUGCAGCUCCAGAGUCCACGAUCCGCCAGCUCGCUGCAGUCGAACUACGUAAACAAGUCAACAGCGAAGAGAAUAGUCCAUGGCUCCACGUUCCUCCUGAGUUUCGCAAGAACAUCAAGACUGGGCUACUCGAGCGGCUCUUGAAUGAAUCCGAGUCUAUUGUGAGGCACUCUCUUGCGCGAGUCAUCUCCGCGGUCGCAUCUAUCGAGUUGCCACAAGGAGAGUGGCCUGAUCUCCUGCCAUUCGUCCAAAGGCUCUGUGAAGCCCCAGAAGCAGUGCAUCGUGAAUCCGGUGCCUUCAUCCUCUUCACCAUUUUGGAGGUGGUCGUCGAGGGCCUCCAAGACAAGGUCUCCGACUUUUUGCAGAUAUUCCAGAAGCUACUUGUCGAUCCUCAGAGUGUUGAAGUUCGUCUAGUCACUCUUCGAGCUUUGGGAACUCUUGCUGGUUACAUUGACGUGGAUGACAAGAAGGAUAUUAAACGCUUCCAAGAGUUUAUCCCUCCUAUGCUCGCCGUACUCAAUGAGAGUUUGACAUUGAGCAGCGACGAGGGUGCUCGCCAUGGCUUCGACACCCUCUCCACUCUUCUCAUCAUGGAAACCCCACUUCUCUCGAAGCACGUCAAGGAGGUCGUCAACUUCUGCGUGACCGCAGGUAGCAACCAUGCUUUAGACGAAGAUAUUCGUGUCAUGGCACUGAAUGCCCUUGUGAUGACUAUCAAAUACAAAAAGACCAAGAUCCACAACUUGCAGCUUGCACCUCAUCUUGUGGACGCUUUGAUGCCUCUCCUUACCGAGAGAGAUACUGACGAUGACGACGAAGAGACCCCUGCUCGACUCGGAGUUCGCGCGAUGGACGCCCUCGCGACUUGCCUUCCUCCCCAACAAGUGUUCCCACGCCUUCACGAGCUCGUGCUUCAGUACUCUCAGAAUCCAGAUCCAAAUCAGCGCAAGGCUGCCCUCAUGGCUUUGGGCGUCGUUAUGGAGGGAUGCUCCGAGUUCAUUCGCCCUCACAUCGAUCAAGUGUGGCCAUAUAUUGACAAGGGUUUGCAAGAUCCCGACGCAACUGUGCGCAAAGCCGCAUGUACCGCGAUAGGCUGUAUUACUGAGUGGCUCGACGAGGAAUGCGUCGAACGGCAUGCAGUUUUGAUUCCAGGAUUAUUGGCCUUGGUAAACGACCCAAUCACACAAUCUGCAGCUUGUACCGCACUUGAUGGGUUGCUGGAGAUGCUCGGUGAUAUCAUCGAUAAUUAUCUCGUCCAACUCAUGAAUACCUUUGCCGGUCUCCUGCAGACUGCUCCCAACAAGGUCAAGGCCGUCGUCAUCGGUGCAAUUGGCUCUACGGCCCACGCAUCCAAGGAAAAAUUCCUUCCAUACUUUGAACCCAUCAUUAAGCAGCUCGUGCCCUUCCUCAUGCUCGAGGGUGAGGGAGAGGAAGAGGAACUCAGGGGUAUCGCGAUGGAUGCUUGCGGCACGUUCGCUGAAGCGGUUCCAAAGGAGGCUUUCCUUCCUUAUUACGAAGAUCUCAUGAAGAAUGCCUACCAGAGCGUUCAGUCGAAGAGCGCUCGCCUUCGCGAGUGCUCCUUCCUCUUCUUCGGUGUCAUGGCGGGUAUGUUCCCUGACAAAUUUGUCCCAUAUCUCCCAAAUAUCAUGCCGGCAUUCCUCAGUAGCCUCAAGCUCGACGAACUCGGAGAUAAUUCUACAUUUAUCGAAGUCGGUGGCCAAGGAGAGUCCUCCGAUACGCCGAUCCAGAUUAUUGAAAGCAAGGUUGAAGAGAUUGAAGAUAUGGAUACCGAGGCGCUCCUCAAGGUUAAUAGCGCCAUUGCCAUCGAGAAGGAGAUUGCCGCAGACGUGAUCGGCGGCAUCUUUGCCAAUACGCGAGAGCAUUUCCUGCCAUACAUCGAAGAGACUGCUGUCGUUCUCCAAGGCCUCGUUUCUCACUACUACGAAGGCAUUCGCAAGUCAGCCAUUCAGUCAAUCUUUACUUUCAUUGUCACUCUCAAUGAACUUUCGAACCCCCAACCUUGGACUGCUGGUGCAACCAAUGUCGUUCCUCUCAACGACAAUGUCAACAAGCUCAUCUCGGUCACUAUGCCUGAAAUCCUCGAAGCAUUUGACGUUGAAGAUGAUAAGGGUGUUGCGGCUGCUAUCUGUCAAGCUCUUGCGGAUGCCACUACCAAGGUCGGGCCAGCAUUAGUUGCAUCUUCUUUCGACGCCGUCUGCAACAUGUGCCAGAAGAUUCUGAGCGGCAAGUCCCUUGCUCAGGUUGACCCCGACCAAGACGAUGAGGAAGGAACCGCGGAAGAUCUCGCCGAAAUGGAUUCGUUCCUCAUCAGCGCAUGCGAGGACUUGGUAUCUGCUUUGGCUUCGGUACUCGGCGCCGACUUUGCUACCAAGUUUGGCGAGUUUUUGCCACUCAUCGCUCAAUAUUACGGCCCUAAGCGCGCUCCCAGCGAUAGGUCGAGCGCCAUCGGUAGCUUUGGCGAGAUCAUCACCGGUUUGAAGGGUGGUGUGACCCCUUACACUCUCCAAAUCCGCGAAAUCCUCAUGCAAGCCAUUACCGACCCCGAGUUUGAAGUGAAAUCCAACGCGGCCUUCGCGUUGGGAGUGCUCGUGGAAAACUCAGACUUUGCAUGGACAAAAGAAGACUUUGAGGGCAUCCUGUUCCGCCUUCGACCCCUCUUCUCCGUUGGAGAGGCCGCGCCAAAGGCGGCAUUCAACGCUCGCGACAAUGCUGCUGGUGCCGUCUCUCGUCUGAUCGCUACAAACAUUGGGCUUGUCCCGCUCGACUCCGUCUUGCCAGUCCUUUAUGCCGCCCUCCCUCUCGAGCAUGACCCGCUUGAGAACCGACCUCUUUUCCGCGGUCUAUUCGUCCUUUACCGAAGUAACGCGGCUUACUUUAUUAACACGAUGGACAGUCUCCUCCCGGUAUUUGCUCGCGUACUCGACCCAAGCCAACCAGACGAAAUCGGAGAUGAGAUUCGUGGCAAUCUUAUCCAGUUGCUCAAGGAAGUCAACGCCCAAGCUCCCGAGAAACUACAAGGGACCCCUCUUGUAGCUUUCCUUUAA